AUGGCGCAAGGAAAAGGAGCUGAGCUCGAAGACGAUGAAAUCAUUGCACUAUAUUUCGAUCUGGACGGAGCUUCCUGCCCAUCAGACUUAGACUUCAGUUAUGAACCAUCUCAAGAUCCUAGUAAGUUUGAUAAAGACGUAGCGGGCUCUACGACUACCGAUAAUAAUGAAGAUAGUGGGUAUACAUCAGAAUCAUGGCAAAAUAUGGAGCAUAUAAACUUUUCCGGUGGCAGUGGUUGCUAUGUGUGGCCAGAAAGCCCGUACGUAAUGAUGGGCUCAGAAGAGCCAUCGGCCAGGGAGGUUUACGGAAGUCUUGGAAUCGGAUGGGAUAAUUGGUUCAAAAUUCAGGGAGAUACUAGGUGCGUUGAGAAGGAAUACCGCUUUCCUAGCGAGUAUGCUGGGAUUGACUGGGUACAACUGAUUCGAGAAUCUUACCAGUUAUCGCAUUAG